GUCAUGUUUAUUUUCAAUUGGAUUUGUUGAAUUUAUAAGAAUCUGCACAAAUGUCGGACGCUGAUGAUUUUUGGAACCAUCCCUAUUACAAAAUGAUGAAAAAGGUGACGAGUUUUAUGGGCCAAUGGCCCUAUCAAUCUAUGAGGGUACACCUCGCAACUGCCUUUAUCACCUUUUCUAUUCUCAGCAUGAUGCUGACAGUGCAGUUAUCAGCUUUUUGGGUAAAUCGACGCAAUAUCGAGAUAGUUCUGGAUUGUAGUGUUCCCUUCGUCACAGAUUUAAUUCUACUGACAAAAUACGUGAAUAAUUGUUGCCAUUAUAAUAUGAUGGUUCACCUCUUGGAGCAAAUCAAAUGUAAUUGGACUAUUCUCCCGAAAAAUAAUGGACUCCAUAUGCUCCACGAUUACAGUGUCUUCGCGCAAAAAUUCGUGAAGAUAUAUAUGACGGCGAUGUGGUUGAGUUGUGCAAGUUACAUAAGUGAACCGUUGCAGGAGAGAUUAACUGUUCAUCUUCUAUACCCCAACGUCACAUUAGCAAAGAGAUUUUCGAUGCCCUUCGAAUUUGGCCCAGUUGAUGUGGACACUUGGUAUUAUUAUCUCUGGUGUGCAACUUCAUUUGGUAUAUUGACGCGUUUGACAGUCAUUGGUUCAUGUGAUCUAUUAAUGUUCACAUUUGCUGAGCAUGCAAAUGGAUUACUCAAGGGAUUGGGAUAUGCAAUUGAACAUCUGCCUCCGCACGAUGAGUGUGAAAGUGAUGACGAAUGUUAUGAGUAUAUGAAACGCUGCGCUAUGAUCCAUGGGCGUGCAAUAGAGUUUGCAGAAAAAGUUAGAGACAUGUACCUUUGGUCUUUCUUCGGAACAGUUGGGCUUAAUAUGACCUUAAUGAGUAUAACUGGUGUGCAGAUAGUGAAUAGUAUGGAUGAUUGGAAAAAAAUGGCGAAAUUCGUUGUCAACAUUAUAACUCAGAUAAUGCAUCUCUUUAUGGAGUGCUUCGUGGCUCAACGAGUGAUGGACGCCAGUUCCGACUUGAAGGAGACUAUAACAAGCGCCAAGUGGUAUAACGCUUCGAUAAAAACCCAGAAAUUGAUACCUCUGAUGCUCUUGAGAGCGCAAAAUCCAGUUGUUUUGACUGCGGGAAAAGUGAUUGUCAUGGGCAUGAAUACCUUUGCUGUGGUACUGAAAACAGCAGCGUCUUAUUUUACGGUAUUCUUGGCAAUGCAAUAGACCACCCCGUUAUCGUUGUUCUUUUUCUUCAACGCCAUUGUGUUACAUGAAAUAGGAAAGAUUCAAUUGAAUAGUUAUCCAUUAGAUAAAAUAGGGUGUUGCAAUGUCUUCAACUUUUCCUCUACCUCGAAUCAUUUGAUGACCAUGCAACAUAUGAUCGGUGAUUAUUUUGGUUAACAGGGGCGUUUGGAGGUCGG